AUGGCCAUAGCAAGAGGCACAUCGCAUGAGCAGCUGCAGCAAAUUGCUUCUCUUGAUCGUCCUAUCGACAGAUCAAAGACUAUCUCUGCCCGGUCAAAGAAUAUUACAAAGAUUUUAAUCCUUGGAUUGUUGGGGAUGGGAGUACUUUGCGUGUUUUUGAACUUGGUUUGGUUGGUUGAAGACUUGAAGUGGCCUUACAGGUCAAAUGAUGACAGUCCAGCUACUCCAAAACCUGCCAAGUAUCUCCGAUUGUUCAGGAAAUCUACGGAAAAAGCUAAUGACGGUUCUCUGAAGGCCAUUGAUGGAGAUGACGAGGAGCUUCAGCUUUUGGGGAACCUUCUGGCAGAUGAUGUGGAAGAGCAGUCAAAUGACGAGUUUUUCACUCCUGAGUCUACACGUCCAUCUGGAGAUGCUCCUGCUUAUGAUGACUCUGUACGCGUAGUAGUUGCAUCACAUGUUUCUCAGGAGAUUGUAGGCUGGAUCUGGCUUGUUUUCCACAUUAUUGUUGAGUGCAUUCUCGGCCUUGUGGAGAUUUAUGGGAUAGGGAAUCCCAGGUGGAUGCUCGCAGGUGCAGUUUCUUCAGUUGUAGCCGCCUAUUUUUGGAUUGCCGAGAUUGUAGGGAUGCAUCGUGGACCGUUCAGAUUUUGGAGACUACCAUUUGUUCCAGAGAUUUCCGGACUGGUGGUAGUUUUUGUGCAGUUCACGUACUUUGUGAUGGGAUAUGUGUCAUUGAGACAUGAUUCAGAGGAGACAGUUAGAGGACCUAUUAUUCGUAUAUGUGUUUACAGCUUGUCUUUUCAGAUUUGCUUAUUUCUUCAGAGAUUAGGACGUAGGUUUGGUUGA